AUGAUUUAUGCAACUGUUUUGAGGAGGGUUUGCGAGACUGUUACGGCUUCUACCAGUGAAGCCGUUGAGACGGGAUCAAUGUCUUCUGGUGUGGAAAUCACUUUGACUUCAGCUUUGGCUACCAGACAAGCAUCGGCUGAAACUAUUGAUGCCCCAAAAGCAAUAGAGACUUCGACUUUUGAUAGCGGUUCUACCACAACUAGCAGUGAGGCGACGGCACCUACAACUGCUGAACCCAAUGGUGACAAUGAGGACAUCUCAGCACCAGCUAGCUCUGGCAACUCGAUUCUUACUGCUGCUAUUGCAGCUCUGUUGGGGCUUAGUCGAAACCAAGCCGCUCUAAUUGUUAUCGCACCCUCAAAUACUGCUUGUGACAAUAUCGAGGAACGAAUCUGGGGAGUCCAACAGGAUUAA